AAUUUCGUCAAAAUCAACGAAUAUACUUUCCACAGUACUCGAUCUUCCUCUUCUUCGUCGAAAAAUCACCGAUUCAAAUCAUGACAGAACCGGAGCAAAUGGAGGCGCUGAAGAAGGUGUAUGCGGAAAUGAUACUCCACACCGCCAAGGAAGCGGCGGCGCGUGUAAUGGCGGCGGAACUUAGAUCUCGGCAAUUGGAGCAGGACAUGGUUUCCGCCAAGGAUGAAGCCGCGCGGAUGCUCCUUCGUCUGAAACAAAUGAAUGAUGCAAGGGUGAAAGAAGCAGAAUUGACAUCUUCGAAUCAACAAAGGAAAUUUGAUGAACUUGAAUCACAGCUAAAUGAAGCGGAAAAUAUCAUAGUAGACCUUAGAGCGGAAUUGGACCAAGCACAGGAUCAACUGAUUGAGGUGAAGAACAAAAGAUUGUCCUAUAUUAAUCAGAAAGAAAAUACAGAAUCUCGUAAUACGACACCAUUUUCCACACCAUCUCUAGAUUGGAAUACGCUCGACGAAAAGUGUUGCAGUCCUGCUAAGCAAAGUACAGAGUUCACCCCCGAAUGCGAUGUUUUCUCUGGUGACAGCCACCCUAAUUUGGACGAAAUAAAAGAGCCCGAGCUGCUAAAAAAUGGGUGUACGCAGAGGAUUUGUGCGAUUGAGACGCUCUUAGUUAAUGGAGAGAAGUCGGAUCCUAGUAAGAUAUAUGCUGUUGGAAGUACCUCUGUAUCGCAAGAAAAUGUUCAGAGUGGAAAAAACGAAGCUGUUUCUGUAGUCCGUAGAAGUCAUAGAAAAAGAAAACUCAAAUACUGGGAUGAUGUCAUCGCUGCAUGUGGAUUGCGUAACUCUAAUCAGUCGAAGAAACCUCGUCAUCAUCUUUCGCAUUGUAAUGCUGGCAAAGUGAAAUCCGGUGAAGGUCGGUUUCUAGAAGAAGACGAGUGCCCAAAAAAAUAAACUUGUAUAUGGUUGGUCGAUUUUGUUGGUAAAAAAAAAAAAACGUGACAGCUUGAUUUAAUGUCUUUAUUUAAGUAUUUCAUCGAAGGUAGAUUGUAACGUGGAAGGUGGCUCUUCUCUUAAUAUAUACCUUCAUUUGGAAAUGCAAGAAGAACUACAUUAUUUGCCGUUGAUUAAAUCGUACAUAAUUGAUGGUGGUUGCUAAUCGAGCCUACUAAAUAUAUUCGUAACUCGAUUGAUGU